AUGAGUGCCACUAAGAUUCUUUCGCAAAAAAUCAAAGUCGCCUUGGUCCAAUUGGCAGGCUCUAGCCCUGAUAAGAUGGCCAACCUUCAAAGAGCGGCAACGUUUAUUGAAAGGGCCAUGAAGGAACAGCCAGAUACAAAGCUCGUCGUGUUGCCCGAAUGCUUCAACUCUCCAUACUCCACUGACCAAUUCAGAAAGUAUUCUGAGAUUAUUAGUGCCAGUGAACCUUCGACAUCGGUUAAGUUCUUAUCGAACUUGGCGAGUAAGUUCAAAAUUGUCUUAGUUGGAGGAACGAUUCCAGAAUUGGAUCCAAAGACAGACAAAAUCUACAAUACAUCGAUAAUAUUCAACGAAGAUGGAGAGCUGAUCGGCCAACAUCGGAAAGUGCACCUUUUCGAUGUGGACAUUCCCAACGGCAUAUCGUUCCAUGAAAGUGAGACCCUGAGCCCUGGGGAGAAGUCCACCACGAUUGACACGAAGUAUGGCAAGUUCGGCGUGGGUAUAUGUUAUGACAUGAGGUUCCCGGAACUGGCCAUGCUGAGUGCACGUAAAGGGGCCUUUGCUAUGGUCUAUCCGAGCGCGUUCAACACGGUCACGGGUCCAUUGCAUUGGCAUUUACUGGCAAGAAGCCGGGCGGUAGACAACCAAAUAUACGUAAUGCUAUGUUCCCCGGCAAGGAAUAUGCAGAGCUCGUACCAUGCGUAUGGCCACUCCAUCGUGGUGGACCCCAAGGGCAAUAUCGUAUCUGAAGCGGGCGAAGGUGAAGAGAUUAUCUAUGCUGAGUUGGACCCAGAAGUCAUUGCGGCGUUUAGACAAGCCGUGCCCUUGACCAAGCAAAGAAGAUUUGAUGUGUACUCUGAUGUAAAUGCGCAUUAG